GGUAUUUUCCAUUAACUUUAAAAUCGUAAAGACUAUUUCUGAAACAUUCAUCACACAAAAUGGUUGGGUGUAACUGUCCUCGUAUUUUAUGGAAACUACUCUUCGUCGCCUUGUUUGCAAUGGAUUACGCUGAAGCAAAUGACUUGGGGGAAUUACCUACGAAUCGGCCACUGAUUAUAGCUCAUCGUGGUGCUUCAGGCAUGCUACCCGAGCACACCGUAGAAGCGUACCAACUGGCAAUCGAGCAAGGAGCUGAUGUGAUAGAAUGCGACUUGGCUGUUACAAAAGACGCCCAACUAGUCUGCACACACGAACCAUGGCUGAAUCAAUCCACAGAUGUUCACUCCCACGUUGAAUUUUGCGAUCGAGUCAAAACCUAUUUCAUUCCUUCGGAUUUAGGGUUCAGAACGGAUUACUUUACGAUCGAUUUUACCCUUGAAGAACUAAAGACGCUGAGAAAGGUGCAAACUCGCUUAUAUCGGGAUCAAUCAUACAACGGCGAGUUUGCAAUGGCUUCGUUUGACGAGUAUAUUGCAGUAGCACAAAACCAGAGCAACCCACGUACAAUUGGAAUAUAUCCGGAGACAAAAGUACCGGAUUUCUUCAAUAAAUAUUUGGAAGAUAAUGGCACAACUAUGGAAGACAUACUAUUGGAAUCUCUGGAAAGCUACGGAUACGAUAAAAAGAAUUCUCCGUGUUUUUUGCAGUCGUUCGAUAUAAGAAGUCUGCAAUACUUACGGAAUCGUACGGAGUUAAAACUGGUUUAUCUCACCGGGUCAACUCUGACCAACGAUAUCAUGGAAGAACUAUCUACUUACGUCAGUGGGAUCGGGCCUUCAAAAUCGGUGAUUGUUCAAAUCGAUCCGAUACGCAACACGAUCAUCGGAACAACGACGUUUCUUGCAAGGGCUCAUCAGUAUGGGUUUGUGGUUCACCCAUUCACUUUCCGAAAUGAAUAUCAAUUCCUCGCCUACGAUUAUGGAUCCGACCCUUACAAAGAGUACGAGUUAUUCAUCAACCAUGGAGUUGACGGCUUGUUCACUGAUUUCCCUGGAUCUCUGAACAACUAUCUAACACUUGGGGCAGUAGAGGAAUGCCCGACAGACGAGGGAACAAUUUUGAAAACUGAUUUUGUCUUGAUAUUGUUUGUAGCGAUCUAUGUGAUGUACAAAAUAGAAUUCGUGGUCUAGUUUGACUGAAUAUGGAAACGGACUUUUAUUUGACAAUAUUUUCACACUGCGCAAAGUCAUAAAUAUUUCAGUUGGUUAAGUUGCUUUUCAACGGCUCCUGCGCGUACGCCACAAGCAUGUAUUGUCGCAAUAUCACAAACUUGAUUAGUUAAUUUUGUCACUUUUCAUGUAUUAUCACGAUGCUCCCAAGCCCAAAACACGACAUGACAUAUUUUUGUGCAUUCAUACAAUGUAUUAAAUGCCCUAAUUCCGA